UCGUUUUGGUUCCACGAUUCAUUGAGAGCACUAUAUAUGCCACUCCGCGGAAGGAAAAGUUACGUUUGCUAGCUUCUGGAAGUGUGUGUAUUUCGAGCAUCAAACAAUGUACGGCGAGUCUAGCAAAUAUGAUAGCCUGGAGAGCGUACUGCAUGAUCAAUGUUCAAAACCACGCGCUCUACCAUUACAGUUUUUGAAAGACAUCACAGACAACUUCUCGUAUGAGCGACUACUUGGUGAAGGUGGUACUGGCACGGUAUACAAGGGUGUACUACAAAGUGGGAAAAUAAUAGCUGUGAAGAGGCUAGAACCAUCAAUGGUGUGCGCUCAGAGCUUAUUUGAGAAUGAGGUUCAUCAUCUUAUGAGGCUUAAUCACCAAAAUAUUGUUCAAUUUAUGGGUUACUGCUAUGAAACAAAGAAGUUAUAUGAAAAUUACGAAGGGAAGAUGGUUUUUGCUGAGAGCUCAGAAAUGUUGCUCUGCUUGGAGUAUCUUCCUAAAGGAAGCCUUGAUGGGUAUCUUUCAGAUGCAGAUGGAUCCUCUGAACUUGAUUGGCACACGCGGUACAAAAUAAUUCAGGGGAUUUGCAAUGGUUUGCACUACCUUCAUGAGAAAAUUGAUAAGUCUAUUCUUCACUUGGACCUAAAGCCUGGGAAUGUAUUACUUGAUCACAAUUUGGCACCGAAAAUUUCUGAUUUUGGGCUUUCCAGACUGCUUGAUCAGCAUCAAACUAUUUCUAGUCCAAAUCGUGUUGGUACAUUUGGCUACAUGGCACCGGAAUACGUCCAUGAAGGUACAAUCACACCUAAGUCAGACAUAUUCAGCCUGGGUGUGAUAAUCAUGGAGCUAAUAAUGGGAAACAGGAACUACCCAAGUGUUACUGGAACAUCUUCAGAGGGAUUUAUUGAUCUUGAACUUAAAAAAUGGAGUAAGACGCUGGAGAAAGCACAGGGUUACACAAAGCUAGAAGUAGAUUGCCAACAAAUAAAAAGAUGCAUUCAGAUAGGUCUAAUAUGCGUGAAUCCUGACUGGACCAAAAGACCUACAACAACAAAAAUUAUCGAGAUGUUUGAAGGAUUGGAAAGUUCGGAUUGUAGCAAAAGCAGUGAGGCAACCUCAUCAGCAGAUCAGAUCUCAAAGGGACUCAAAAAGCACAGGGAUAACUUUGGGGUUACUAAAGAAGGAAAUCUACCUCCUAAAAAUACAUUAUGUAUCGAGAUUUUUGGGCAAGCAGAAAGAAGGAAUCCAGAAGUUGGAGAAGCAUCAGUUUUUCAUGCAAUGGUUGUUGACUGUCAACGCGGAAAGUUACAGUACCUUGAAAACCGAGUUGCUUUGGCGAGGAUAAUGUUUCCGAGGGAGGCCAGAGUAGCAAUGGACAUUGCUCAAGUGGAUAGUACUUUGGAAUUUACCCUUCAGUCUAGUGUAAAUCUGCUUCGGAGGACACAACGGCGAACCAUUGAUCUAAAUAAAACUCCUUUCCAAAUGAAGGAUGAGCACUUAGCUCGGAUCAGAGAUCUUUCCAAAACAGUUGAACUCGGCAAACGCUUCUUCCCACGCUGUUCCAGUUUGCUGGACAAGGUGAUGGAUGAAACUGAACCAGCUUCCCUUGGAAUUGGAAGAGAUACGCCCAGCGUGAAGAGGAAGUUUCAGGAUCUGCAGUACUUGCUUCUGAAGGCCUUUAAGGAUGACAAGGAGGAAUUUGACAGGUCGGUCCUUUUAACUUCUUGUCGAUGUCCAUUGGACCAAGGAGUUUGACAGUUCGGCCUAAGAGAUGUUCACCUUGGCCUCAUUGUUGCCAUAUUAAUAACUGAUUUUCAGUCUGGAACUGCUGGUCAGAUUUAAUAUUUUCUGUUUAACGUACUCAACAUAGUACUGCAGUAGCAUUCUAGCAACAUCAUCAGAUAGUAUGAAGCUGUUGGCCUGGCCUUGUAUAGAUCAUACAGUUAUACCCAUCUUUGCUUGUAUAGUAAAACCGUAGUGCCGCUGUGGCACUACUGCACUAGGUGCGGAAAUCCUACAGUAGUUUGAUGAUCGAA